CAACCGGAAGCUAAUGGCGGCGUCCAUAUAAACUUGUCAUAACACAACAACACGAGAAAACCUUAGGUUCUUUAUGCAAAGAUAAAGCAGAAGAUUUGGCAUAAUGGAUUCUUCACUAUUGGACACCAAUCUGGAUGAAAAACAUGCUAUGUUUAAUCAGAUGUUCAUGAAUGCUGCAUCAGAGGAUCCGAGUUUGCUGUCAGCUCUGAACCAAGAGGCCAUUCCAACCACACAGGUUACACCUAGCCCAGGGUUUUGUUUGAAGACCAAAAGCAAAACAAAUGAGAAAGUAUUUGUCAACAUUUGUAUGGCCGAUAAUGUGCCUGCCCCACAGGAGAUGUCUGAGGAAGAUCUAAUCAAACUUCUGGAAUCUGAGAACCCCACUGGCUUUAGAAUACCCAUGUCCAUAGGUGAACCUCAUGCUGAAAUGGACAAAUCUGGAGGAGGAUGUACAGCGUAUGAUGUGGUGGUCAACCCAGGCUUCAUGAGCAAGAUGCAGGCCAGUGAGCUGUUCAGGACGUUCUUCCUCACCGUGAUGAUGGAGGGACUGGAGGACAAAUAUAAUAUGCAACUCAGCAGAGAAUGGAUUAUUUUGAAGAACAGAAAAUUUGUUGGAACUUUACAGACACAAAAUGUCAGAACUAAAUCCAAGCCUGUUAUCAUGGAAAUGAGUCAGUGGGGAGAAUCGCCGACACUGCCAGCCAGCACACUUAUUCAAGAGGUGGAGUCCAGAGAAGACAUCAAGUCUAAGGGUAAAGAGCCUGACUACAGAAUUGUACAAGAGCCAGCUGAGGGUUACCCAGAGUUCCUUGUGGCAGAGAUUAACCUUCCACAAGUGAGAGCAUGCAGUAGUUUGAGCCUGGUCUUGGGUGAAGACCGGAUCGUGCUGGAGACGCGAUCCAGCGUGUACCAUCUUGACAUCUACCUCCCAAUGGACAUCCUCCAGAUAGAGUGUGGCGCGCAGUUCAACAGGAAAACAAAGAUUCUGACCAUUACAAUGCCAGUGAAACAACCAACAUGACACCACUUCUUCGUUUUAAUCUAUGUGUAAAUAAUAAACUGUUAUGAUUAA